CCCUUCACCCAAAGUCGUAUCGAGUCUCCUUCAAUUUCGUUGUAUUUCAUAGCCAUGGAUCCAAGUUUCUCUGAAUUUCCCAUACUCAAUGAUCAAAUUCUUAUGCUCGAUAUGUUCAAAGAGUACCCAAUUGCUGACCCUUUUGAAGAUCUUAGCUUUUGGGACCCAAAUCCCGUUAACUCUGCUCCGUCAACGAGGUUUAGCCCCGAGGGACAUGAUGGUGAAACUUCUGAUGGUGUGCUCAAUCACAAAAACCAGGUACGUAUGGCGGAGUUCCCAACUUUUCAACACCAAAACCCUCUUUGUGUUGAUCAAAAUGAGUCUGGAAAUGGCAAUAGGAAUGGGAUGGUGGGUUCUUACAGGAGUGAAAUUAUGGCAUUGGCUCCUGAUGUGGUUGGUGAAAAUGAAUUGGUAAUGCAAUUUUACCGAGGGGCAGAGGAGGGUAGUAAGUUUCUUCCUAAAGGUCAGUUGAUUAGUGCCGAGAGCACUAAGCGGUAUACUGUGGCGGAUAGGAAGGAUGUGAGUGAGCAUUUUGGUGUUGGUUCAAGAGGAAAGAAGGGUCAUCGGAGGGUGGAGAUAGAUGGGAGGAGUAACAAGCAAUCGGUGGUUUCUCUGGAUGAUGAGGAAGGUGAACUAUCUGAUACUUUUGACAAGGCAUUGGUCUGUAAGCCCGUCGAGAGUAAAGACGAUCAAGCCUGUCAGAAAUCUAGCGGCAAGAAUCAAGGUAGUAACAAGGAAGUGAUAGAUUUGAGGGGUCUUUUGAUUUCAUGUGCAGAAGCUGUUUCGAUAGAUGAUCGGGGGACUGCUAAUGAGCUACUGAAGCAGAUUAGGCAGCAUUGUUUCCCUUUGGGUGAUUAUUCUCAGAGGUUGGCUCAUUGCUUUGCAAAUGCUCUUGAAGCACGGUUGGCUGGCACUGGAACUCAACUAUAUACUGCUUUAUGUACUAAACAAGUGCCAUCUGCAGAUUUUCUGAAGUUUUACCGAGCUUAUAUUGCCAUCUGCCCAUUCAUGAAGAUGUUGAUGAUCUUUGCAAACCAUAUGAUUUUCAAAGCAGCUGAGAAAGCAGAAACACUUCAUAUAAUAGAUUUUGGUAUCCGCCAAGGUUUUCAGUGGCCUGCUCUCAUUCAUUCCCUUUCAAGAAGACCUGGAGGACCUCCCACAUUACGCAUUACAGGGAUUGAGCUUCCCUUUAUUGGUUCUCGACCAGAAGAAACAGUCCAAGAGACCGGGCAUCGCUUAGCGAAGUAUUGUAAGCGAUUUAAUGUUCCUUUUGAGUACUAUGCAAUUGCCAAAAAAUGGGAAACUCUGCAAUUUGAUGACCUCAAAGUUCAAAGAAAUGAGGUGCUUGCUGUUAAUUGCCUCUGCCGUUUUAAGUACCUUCUUAAUGAGACAGUUGUAGUAAACAGUCCUAGGGAUACUGUUCUACAUUUAAUUAGGAAGUUAAAUCCUGAUGUUUUUGUUCAAAGUGUUGUUAAUGGAAACCAUGAUGCACCCUUCUUUGUUCCACGCUUCCGAGAAGCACUUUUCCACUUCUCUGCAUUGUUUGAUUUGUUGGAUACUAAUAUGCUUCGUGAAGAUCAUUUGAGAUUGGGGUUUGAGAAAGAGUUAAUUGGACGUGAAGUUCUGAAUAUAGUUGCUUGUGAAGGCUUGGAAAGAAUAGUGAGGCCUGAAACAUAUAAGCAGUGGCAGAUUCGGAACAUGAGGGCUGGUUUCAGACAGCUGCCAUUGGACCGUGAUGUUAUGAACGAAAUUAAGGAUAAGGUAAAAAAGGGAUACCACUCUUAUUUUGUUGUUAAUGAAGAUGGCCGCUGGAUGCUGCAGGGAUGGAAGGGCAGAAUUAUGUUUGGUUCCUCCUGUUGGGUACCAUCUAGGACUUGAAAUGCUUGACUGCUAGAAUUGAGUCCAACCAAUUGUAAACACAACAUUUUAAAUUGAAGGCAAAAGCUUUAUGUUGAUGAACUCUGCUUAAGUUGUGUAAAAUAUGCAGGCAAGGUAUAGUAGUUGUUAUCUGUAUAUCACGCGUACUGCCUUCAAGUUUAGAAGGUGAAAGAGCAUAAACUGUUGUAGUUGACUGUAGUUGCUGUAUUGCAUUGCUGAUUUCCGUGAUUUGUUAAUAUGUGGUAGAUCUGCUGCCUUUUAUGCAGCUUUUAUGUGGUGAAAUCUUGUCCAACAGGCGGCACCUAACAAUUCUUUCCCUCUUUUUUCAGUGCACUGUAUAA